AUGUGGGUCUACAGGAGACUGCUAAGAGUCACGUGGUCUGAAAGAAUCAUCAACGUGGUAAUACUACAGCGCUUAAAUAAGACCACUGAGAUCCUCUCCACUAUAAAAAAGAGGAAACUAGAGUAUUUGGGCCAUGUCAUGCGAGGAGAAAAGUACAGACUAUUACAAAACAUCGUGCAUGACUUUCAAAAGGCGUUUGACCGGGUUAAACAUGAGAUCUUGGUGGAUACCCUCAAGUUGAUUGAACUGGACGGGGCGGAUAUCAGAGUAAUCGCAAACUUAUACUGGAGACAGAUAUCGAUAGUCAGAGUGGGGGGAUCCACCACGCCAGAAGUAACCAUCAAGCGUGGCGUAAGUGAUAAGCCAGAUGCCUAUAAGAACUCAAGAUUUUAUGGAUUUUCUAUGGAUCUAAUAACAGAAAUAGCCAAAGAAAAGAAUUUAACUUUCGAGUUUAAGAUAACGGAGGGCGGUAGCUAUGACAGCUUAAUGAAAGAUUUAGAAGAAAGGAGAGCGGAUUUGGGAAUUUGCGAUUUUACUAUAACACCACAACGAAGGGCAACUGUCGACUUCAGUAUGCCAUUCAUGAAUUUAGGUAUUAGUAUUUUACACAAACAAACUACCCAGGUUGAAGUUGAUAAUAUGUAUGCAUUCAUGAGGCCGAUUUCAUGGAAGGUUUGGUUUUAUAUGACGUUUCUCAGUUUUGCCAGUUCACUCACAAUGUUCAUCGUUGCCAGAAUGGCACAACGCGAAUGGGAAAAUCCAAAACCAUGGGACCCCGAAUCAAAGGAGCUUGAAAAUAUUUGGACAGUGAAAAACUUUUUAUGGCUGAGCUUGGGGUCGAUUACUGCCCAAGGAUGUGAUAUUCUACCAAAGGCAGUGCCAACAAGAGUUAUUGCUGCAUCCUGGUGGUUUUUCUCUUUGAUCAUUAUGAGUUCUUAUACUGCCAACUUAGCUGCUUUCUUGACAAUGCAAAAAAGGGAUUUUACUAUCGAUUCAGUGGAAGAACUGGCUGCUCAAUCGAGAGUGAAAUACGGUUUGCUUGAGAAUGGAUCAACACAAACGUUUUUCCAGACCUCAAACAACCCACUUUACCAAAAAAUGUGGAGUACUAUGAAGAACGAAAAACCAUCGGUUUUUGUAUCAGGCAACCUAUCUGGAGUUGACAGAGUUUUAUCAACAAAAAACGCACUUUACGCUUAUUUCAUGGAAUCAACUGGAAUUGAGUUUGAAAUGGAACGAAAGUGUGAUUUGCGAAGAAUUGGAGGCCUGCUAGACUCCAAAUCCUAUGGAAUAGGAAUGCCGCUAAAUGCUGACUAUCGGCACACUAUAAACAGCGCAAUUCUGGUUUUACAAGAAAGUGGAAAAUUGAUGACAUUAAAGGAAAAAUGGUGGAAAACAGAAAGGGACGGCGAACCAUGCAACAGGGUCGUAGAAGAAGAAACUGAUGCGCUGGCUUUAUCAAACGUUGGCGGAAUCUUUAUUGUGCUCUUGGUAGGAAUCGGCCUAGCCUAUGUUAUUGCACUAUUCGAAUUUUUGUGGAAUGUUCGACAACUGUCUAUCGAGGAACAGCUCUCAUACAUGCAGACGCUAAAAUGCGAAAUAAAAUUUGCAUUUAGAAUAUUCGAGAAAAAGAAACGAGUGAAACCAGUUCCGUCGGAACCGUCUGCUUCCACUAACUCAGUUCCGGUGCACAAUUUCGACCAAAUGAGCGUGACAAGAAGCGUCUUUAGCAAAUCAGCCACUUUGCUAAAUUUCAGUACAGAACCUGACAAUGUGCUGAGACACCGGCGAAGAAGAUUUUCAAGAAUUUCUCGCACCAGUAGCCAUUUGAGAUCUCAAUAGUCGUUUCAACUAAAAUAUUUAUAUAUUUUUUGUUACAUAUAAAGUGCUAUCAAAUAAAAUUCUAGUCGAAC